CCGACCGCCUCUCGCCACCAUGUUUUAUUUCCACUGUCCCCCGCAGCUGGAGGGUGCCACGCCCUUCGGCGGCCCGUCCGCGGCGGACUUCGACGACGGCUUCUUGCGGCGGAAGCAGCGGCGGAACCGGACCACCUUCACCCUCCAGCAGCUGGAAGCCCUGGAGGCCGUGUUCGCGCAGACCCACUACCCCGACGUCUUCACCCGGGAGGAGCUGGCCAUGAAGAUCAACCUCACGGAAGCCCGUGUGCAGGUCUGGUUCCAGAACAGAAGGGCAAAAUGGAGGAAAACAGAGAGAGGCGCUUCAGACCAAGAAGGACCUAAGGAGACGAUGGCCGAGGUGACACCCCCAGGAAGGAAUUUAAACUCUCCCUCUCCGGUUGACCAAACCAGGAAUAAGAAGGAGAGCCUGGAGAUUCAGCAGAGCCUCAGCAGAGCCGUCGGUCCCUCCGGACCCUUUUUCCCCUCGUGUCUUCCAGGGACUCUCCUCAACACGGCCACCUACGCCCAGGCUCUGUCACAAGUUGCGUCCCUCAAAGGUAGCCCGCUGUGCUCUUGCUGUGUUCCCGACCACAUGGGCCUCUCCUUCCUCCCCACGUACGGCUGCCAGAGUAAUCGCACGGCGAGCGUGGCAGCCCUGCGCAUGAAAGCACGGGAGCACUCAGAGGCUGUGCUGCAGUCGGCGAACCUCCUGGCCUCCAGCAGCCCCACUCCAGCCUCAGGGGCCAAGCCUGGCGCAGAGAAUGCCUUGGACAACAAGCCGCCCGUGGCUGUGGAACAGAACGAAAGCGAGAAGAGUGUUUGAGACCCCCCACAUGCCGCCUCAUAACGAACUCAGCACCCCAAGAAACCAAAUCCAAGGGAUAUACCCUGCAGAAGCUGUCUGGAUUUAUUUUGAAACUGGAAGGAAACUCGCUCAUCUGUUGACUGUUUCAGCAAGCUCUAGGUUUUCUUUGGCCCUCUCUUUUAUUGCCACCAUCAAUUCCUGCUGGAUUUCCCGAAAUUCUCCAUUGCUCUUGCUGAAUCUCCAGGUACUGCCUGGUGUUAGUUCUGCUUACAGCGGAACUGGAUCCAGGAGCCCUGAUGGGAAUAGUAGAGAGAGAAGCAAAGGGGCAUUAUUUGCCUGGUCCCUCGAUUCCACCAGAUCAGGGUGGGGGAGGGGAUGAGGGGUUCCCUAAGCAUCACAUAACAGGUCCCCCUUCUAUUUUAAACAAGAACAACAACCUCUUAGUUGUUCCACAGCGGAUGGGUAUAGAAAAGCCUGGUCUCAUAGGCCCGACGAGCGGAAGUUCCUGGGGUCCAGAGAGCAAUAUGGACAGAGAAGUCAGUCUUGUUGAGGCUUAGGACACCCCACACAAGGGAUUUUAUUGCUAAUCUAUUAGUUUGUUCAUUUAUUUAGAAGGUUUGUACGCCACCUUUUGAGAGAAUGGUCCUCAACGCAGAUUACGGGAGAUUGUAAUGAUGCACACACAAGCAAACACCCCCUUGGCCCACAUCCAAGCCAUCCUGCACAAGUGACCCUGCACAUGUGUAGGAGGAAGGAGAGCUAGCCACCCAUACUGCAGAGGGGCCUUCAACUUUGCUGGGUAUCAAUAACACCUUGACUUAGGCCAUUCAGGUCUGAGAAGCCGGGCCAACAGCCAGUAGUGUGACAAUUCCCUGCAAAAACAUUGGGGCCGAAUUCCUAGGAAUCUGAGUCAUCUCUCCAUGGGACCAUCACUUCAUCCUGUUCCCUACGUUCAGUUUGGGACUCAGGAGGGCGCAGACAUUCCUGUCAGCGCUGAAUAUGUUUCUGGCAGAAAUAUGAAUGGGUGAAGAUAACAACCUCUCUUUCUAAGGUAUAACUUAAGCUAGGAUUUGGGGGCAAUGAAAAUGACUGGAAGGGUCUACGACAACAUCUAGGUGAUAAAUAGGUCUUCUGUCAUUGAAUGAGCUUGGUCAAUGGGAUCUUUGGAGCCAUCCCUUCCUGGAAAGGGAUUUCUGCUUUGCCUGCUAAGUUUGCUUUACUUUCCAAACCGAGGUCCUUUUUGCAACAUGUCCCCUCUAUUUCCCCUCAUCAUAGCAGAACUGUAACUUCACACAGGCUGUGCCUCAAGAUCCUGUUGAAUUUGAGGACAUGAGACCAUCAGUAUAUCCCACAGAGCAGAAGGAAGACACACUGGCAGCGGUCCAUAACCAAGGGUUUGAUUUGUGAGCACAGAGUAGUAAUAUUUUUUAUUUGUCAUAGGUAUUUCUACCCUGCCCUUCAGAUAAACUCCCAGUCGGAUGGCAUGCAAUGGAAGAAUCAGAUCAUUUCAGCAGUGCAAUACUACUCAUGUGUACUAAAAUAUAAGUCCUAUUGAAUUCAACUCCCAGUUGUUUGGAGAACUGCCUUGCAAAAUUCUGAGAAGUACAAAU